UGAAGUUCAGCGAACCGGUGCGGCGCUGCACUAUAUUAGAGUACUAAAAUAGUGACUUAAACUUUUCAUCUUAACACAACUCUUAAUUUGCAUUUACAAAUUAAGCAAUAUUAUAUCAGUGUUUAUUUCAUUUACAUCAACUGAAAAAACGGAUUUAUUCCUUUAGUUGACAUUUAAAAAAAAUAUCACAAUAACUUCUUGAAGAAAAAAUCCCACAUAUGAAGAUAGAAACAUGCAUGGAAACGCCUAUUUUCAGAUUUCCAAAUCGAUCAAUUGGAAAAUUGGAAAAUGUCACAUAAGCAAAGACCAUCAGGCAUAAAAUGUGUAAUAUAUUGGAUGACAACGAAGAUGGCCAGCUUAGUGGCCGAAGGUCUUUUCAAGAGGAUGAAUCAAACGGUCUUGAGAUUCAUUUUACUAUUCGGAUUAAUGAAUUUCCUUAUCGAGGCGGCAGCACCGCGACGAUCAAGCAGGAUCAAAAUCGACCCGAAUUACCUAAAAGCUUUGUUAGCUUAUAAAAAACUUGAACCGAAAAUGACGCGACGCGAGUUAAAAACCAUAACCACAAUCGGAAUACUAAAUGGAGCCUUGAAAGCUGAGAAGGAGAUGGAAAAACAUCUGACAACUUUAGUCACAGAUUUGAUUCUCAACACGAAUAUAUCGGAUAAGUCGGCAGCACUUCCAAAAGUAACGAAAAUCGAGGAUACAAUUGAACGGGACAGAAAUGCUGUACGAAUUUUGACAGGUGCCAUGGAUUUGGCAACACAAUCGUUGAGUGUUAAGGAUUACAAGAGAGAGCUCCAGAAGACUUUGGAUGAACAUAAAAGCAAAAAGCGGGAAAUUAAAAAUCAGAAAUCAGAUAAAAAGGAUAUCGAUAUGCCAAGAUUAAAAGCAGCUAUUUUGGAUCAUGUCCUUAACAUACAGAGACAAGUCAUGAAGAAAAUCGAUGGAACUUUAAAGUAUUUGGAGAAAAAUAAGGAACUCGAUAUGAUCAAAGUUAAUAAGAAGCGAGAUACUGAACAGGAUAACAAUUUGAAGGACUUUUUUGCAGAGGAUAAAGUGGAGAAUAAUUUGAUAGACAACGAAAAUAGCACAGAGCAGGAAACUGGAAGAAUAAUGAACAAUCCUUCGGGUAUUGAUCCAAAUAAUGAAAAUUUCGAGUUCAAUACAAACGACGAGGACGAUGGUAAUAAAACAGCAAACCAAGUUGAAGGAGCAUCUGAUGAAGACGUGGAUGAUGACGGCGGUGGAGUAUCUGGAGGACUUGUUGGUCUUAUAGCAAGUUUAAGUGGUGGUGAAGGAGGUUCAGAUGUUGGAGCAUUAGUUGGAGCCCUAACCGGUGUCAUAGCACAGAUUUUUGGGCCUGGGGGAUUGGACAUAGAAUCUCUCAUCAGUACAGGAACAUCAUUAAUUUCAGGACUACUUUCUGGUGACAAAAAUUUCGGAACUGUUUUAGGUGAAUACGUUGGCACAGCAUUUGAUGGACUCUCAGGAGGUGGUGGAGCAGUAAACAAUGGAAAAUUCAUUGGAAAUCUUCUGGGAACAAUCGUCGCAUCCCUUAGCGCUGAUCCUGAGGACGAUGAUCUUCCACCAAAACCCUUUGUUUUUCUUCAAACUCUGCUGAGAACUUUCCAAGAAGCUAAAAAUCGUGCUGGCACUGCUGGCGAAGAAGGUGGUGAAGCGGCUAUGCCUGCACAUCCCAUGGGCGGAUCAGACUCAUUCGGCUUCAUCAAACAGAUUGUAUCAGCUUUGGUGGGUGGGGUAACAAGUUUGGUGUUAAAUGCUGCUCUAGGUGCAUCUGGAGGCUCAUCGCAGGCCUCAACAUCUGCUCUAACAAGUUCUUCACACCCUCAUCCACCACCGGCUCACAAACCAACAUGGUAGAGUUUUAGGUUUAUGUAUUGUUAUAUAGUUCAUCAGUUUACUGUUAAAACUUUUACUCUUAAGCUUAUAAAGUGUAAAUAUUU